AUGGCAUCGCCGCCGCGCUCACCAACUAUACCAGACCACGUGCUGAGAACCUAUGAAGAACAGUACAUUACUGGACCUCUCCUCGCUGCACUAUUGAAGCUGCAGAAUCAGCGGGAGGCGACUGACAACACGGAAGCGCCUUUCAAACGAGUGCCAUACAACAAAACCCCUGAACCGAGCUGGGGCCGACAAUCUCCGCAACUCACACCAACUCCUUCACCCUCGCCAUCGCCGAAGACAUCGCAUCGCAAACUGCAAUCCUUUCCAACUCCACCCGACACGUCACCCCUGCGCAAGGACCCAGCUUCCGCAUCACCUAACAAACCCGUCGCCGUACGUCGCCGACCUCGUCACCAGCAAGUUUCGCAAACUCCAAAGCAACCCUUUCACACUAUGCUUCGUCGCUCACGAGCCCGCAUGGGUCGAGCCCAGGAAAGGCGCUUUUUCGAGCUGGAUGCGUCUGGUCGAAGGGCCAGGCGCAUUGUUGAAUGA